UUUCCGCAGUUUGUUUUCACAAGUCGGCGAAAUCGCAGCGGCAAAAUCACCCCCUUAUAUAUAGCUUAACUAUACUAUAUAAACCGUUUCUAUAAAAGACAAACAUGUUUACACUGCGCCGUCUCAGUCAGCGUUUGUAUCCGCAGCAGAUUCAACACUUGAAAAUGUCACAGAUCGGUGAACUCGGAAGUGGUGCCGGCAAGGGAGGCGGUGGAGGUGGUUCGAUUCGAGAGGCCGGUGGAUCUUUUGGCAAAAUGGAGGCUGCUCGCGAGGAGGAGUUCUUCUAUAAGCAGCAAAAGGAGCAACUAAAGAAUCUAAAAACCAAGACGGAACCCAAGGCACCUGAGGCUCCUAAGAAGUGA